AUGAGCGAUGAACAACUUCAUCAUCUCUCCUUGUUUGCUUCUUCUGCUUCGGAGAAGGUCUUACCGAAUGUCGUAUCAUCCUUACAGCAACAACAACAACAACAAGGCUCAUCAACCACGGAGGGAUCUGAUGAAUCAUCAUCAACCAACACCAAUAGUAAUACGAAUAAUAAUAUCGAUCAUACCAAUGUUCAGUACAAUAUGGAAGUCUUAGAUUCCAUACUGCACAGUAUUGCUUCAAAUUUGGACAUGCACAAGUGUUAUGAUUGGAAUCAAUUAUAUCUUUUCAUGUCAUACAAAAUUCAUGAAGUACGAAAAUCAUUCGGAAAUAAUCAAGACGGAUUUGAACCAUUAAUGCAGUCGAUUGAUCAUCAUUUUGUUAAAUUUGCUAGUAAUCCUCCGUUCACUCUACAACGUUUGUGUGAGUUACUCACUCAACCCAACAGGCACUACAAAAAACUAGGUCAUUUACUUUCGUCAAUAGAAAAAUGUUUAACGGUGAGCUCAUUCCUUUCCGAUUUUUAUGAUGAUGGAUCGGGUCGUCAUAUGGAAUUAAGCCAAGAAGAAAUCAUGAAUGAUAAUACACAACAUAUUUUGGAAGAAGAAAAUGACGUUACCAUGAAGGAUGUAUAA